AUGGCAGAUUUUGCGUUAAACGGAUUUAGCAGCGAUCAGACCGAAAAGAUUCUGCAGUUUCAGGUGAUCUAUUGUGUUACAUACUGCAUCAUUCAAUUUUCAAUUGAAUCAUUUUUUUGUCACGAUCAUAAAACGAGAAUACGGCAAUGAUUUCAGGAUUUAACAGGCAUUGAGGACCUAUCAAUUUGCAGAGAUGUUUUACAAAGACAUAAUUGGAAUUUGGAGGUUGCAGUUCAGGUACAUUUCUUUAGCUAUGUAUUUUGUUUUGAAUAUUUUUGAAUACAAGAUUGCAUGAUGAAGAUUAUGUAUAAACCAAUUCUUUCAUAAAAGUUUAAAAAAAAGUUCUAUUUUUGUAUCGUAUAUAGGUCAAUUGUGUAAUAGAAUUACUAAUAAAAUUUCAAGGAUAUUAAUUAUAAUUUUAUUUAUCUUAUGUAUUUGAGUGUUUUAAUAUUUAUUAAUUUAUCUUUUAACUAUUCAUAUAAGUAGAUCAAACCUUGAAAUUAUAUUGUAAUUAAAAUGUUCAUAUUUAUUCAUUUAGGAACAACUAAAUUUGUACGAAGGAAGACCAUCUAUGUAUGCACAAGAUUCAAGAUCAAGACCACCACAAGUUGUUGAUGAUAGCAGUUCUAGAAUAUAUUUUCAUUAUUCUGGAAGCCCUAAUGGCAGGGGUAUAUCUUCUGAUCCUGUGGAAGAUGUGAUUAGCUUCAUUCGAUCCUAUGAAGAAGCCUAUGGUAACAGUCAUCCUGUUUUUUAUCAGGGUUCUUAUAGCCAAGCUCUUUCUGAUGCAAAACAAGAAUUAAGAUUUUUAUUGGUAUAUUUACAUAAAGAUGAAGCUCAAAAUAUUGAUCAAUGGUGCAGAAAUACAUUAGGUAAUCUACAAAUUAUUCAAUAUAUAAAUAUACACACCUUAUUUUGGGCAUGUAAUGUGCAAUCAGGUGAAGGUUACAAGGUAGCAGAAGCUCUUAAAUCUGGUUCUUACCCUUUUCUGGCUGUUAUCGUUUUAAAAGAUAAUAAAAUGACAGUAGUUGGCAGGGCAGAACGUAGUGCUGCGCAAUCUUUGCGGCAACAACAAGAUCAGGCAUAUGAGGAAUCACUACGUGCGGAUCAAGAAAAAGAUCGGAGGAGAGAAGAAGAACGACGAGCACGCGAGGAACAAGAGGCCAGAGAAAAAGAACAAUUAAAUGCACAAGAAAUGGAAAUUCAACGCAUUCGUCGCGAGAAAGAACUUACUGUUUGUAAAGUGCCUCUCGAACCAGAGCCUACUAAUCCUAAUGCAUGUCAUCUUCAAAUUAAGCUUGGUGAAAGGACAAUGAAAAGACGUUUUCUAAUGUCCGAUACGUUAGAAGAUGUAUAUCAUUGGAUAUUUAGUCAGCCGGAUUCUCCAGUGAGUUUUGAAAUAACGACCAGUUUUCCGAAGAGAAUUUUAUAUCCAUGUAGAGAAAUUUUUACAUUAUUAGACGCUGGAUUAACACACAGAGAAGUUCUCCAUGUUAAUGAUUUAGAUGAUUAA